GAAGAAGCUAGCCGCUACCCUCCUGGUGCUGCAGGCUCUGGUUCUGUCUCUAGCCGAUCAACAUGGUCCAACUGGUGGGUUCCCUCCGAAAAGAGCUGGCUGACUCCCUUUCCACCUGCAAGGUGCUGGUGGUGGGAGCGGGAGGGAUCGGCUGCGAGCUGCUGAAGAACAUCGUCCUCACCGGCUUCAAAAACAUCGAAGUGAUUGACUUGGACACAAUUGAUGUCAGCAACCUGAACCGUCAGUUCCUCUUCCAGAAGAAGCAUGUUGGCAAGUCUAAAGCACAGGUGGCCAAGGAGAGCGCCUUGCUAUUUUGUCCCAGUGCUAAUAUCACUGCCUACCAUGACAGCAUCAUGAACCCUGACUACAACGUGGAGUUCUUCAAAAAGUUUGCUCUAGUCAUGAAUGCUCUGGAUAACAGAGCGGCCCGUAACCAUGUGAACAGGAUGUGUUUAGCAGCAGACAUCCCUCUGAUAGAGAGUGGCACGGCUGGAUACCUGGGACAAGUCACAGUCAUCAAGAAGGGAAUGACAGAAUGCUACGAGUGUCAACCUAAGCCCACCCAGAAGACUUUCCCAGGAUGCACCAUAAGAAAUACACCGUCUGAGCCCAUUCACUGCAUCGUCUGGGCCAAGUAUCUCUUCAAUCAGCUGUUUGGAGAAGAGGAUGCAGAUCAAGAGGUGUCCCCCGACACAGCGGACCCAGAGGCUGCAUGGAAUCCUGAAGAGACGGCAGCUCGUGCCACAGCCUCAGAAAAGGACGGGGACAUCAAGCGAGUCUCCACUAAGGAAUGGGCCCGCUCCACAGGCUACGACCCCGUCAAACUCUUCAACAAGCUUUUCAAAGAUGACAUCAUGUACCUGCUGACUAUGGACAAGCUUUGGAAGAAGAGGAAAGCUCCUACACCUCUGGACUGGCAGCAGCUGGAGAACAGUGCAUGUCCUCAGGAGGAUUCUCCAGGUUCAGGUUUGAAGGACCAGCAGGUUCUGGGCGUGUGGGGUCACUGCCAGCUGUUCCAGCAUAGUGUGGAGACUCUUCGCUCACAGCUGCAGGACAAGGGAGAUGGAGCUGAGCUAGUGUGGGACAAGGACGACCCUCCAGCCAUGGACUUUGUUACAGCAGCAGCCAACCUACGUAUGCACAUCUUCAGCAUGAACAUGAAGAGUCGCUUUGAUGUGAAGUCCAUGGCAGGUAACAUCAUCCCAGCCAUUGCUACGACCAAUGCUGUCAUCGCUGGUCUCAUUGUGCUCGAGGGAUUGAAGAUCCUGUCCGGGGAACUGGAAUCCUGUCGCACGAUCUUCCUGAACAAGUGUCCCAACCUCAGGAAGAAGCUGCUGGUCCCAUGUGUCUUGGACCCGCCCAGUGCUAACUGCUACGUCUGCGUCAGCAAACCUGAAGUCACAGUCAAAGUCAACGUUCACAAAACCACGGUCCUCUCUCUGCAGGAAAGGAUCCUGAAGGAGAGGUUUGGCAUGGUGGCUCCAGAUGUUCAGAUAGAGGAUGGAAAAGGGACCAUCCUUAUCUCGUCAGAGGAAGGAGAAACAGAAGCCAACAACAGCAAAUUUCUUUCUGAUUUUGGGAUCCGCAACGGCAGCCGUCUCCAAGCCGAUGACUUCCUCCAAGACUACACACUCCUCGUCAACGUCCUGCACACUGAAGAACUAGAGCGGGAUGUGGAGUUUGAGGUAGUAGGUGAGGCCCCCGACAAAGCCCCGCCCCCUCAGACUAACCAGGAAGAGGUUAAAAGCAUCGCCAACGGCAACAAGGACUCUGCCCAGCCGUCCACCUCUUUUAAAGCGCCAGCAGAGGACGAUGACAUCAUGAUCGUUGACUCUGAUGAGGAGGAAGGAGCGUCGUCCAGCUCCGCAGCAGCAGCAGCGACCAGCGCCACCAAGAGGAAGCACUCGGACGCAGAAACCGGCGAGACCUCCGCCAAGCGCCCACGGACGGACCAAUCAAGUGCGGCAGCUGCCCAAACUGACGACGAUGACAUCAUCGCUCUGGACUAGCCCGUCCUCCCUGGUCUCUUGAAGGACUGAGAACUCUUUGAACGCUUGUCAUUUUGACUCGAGACUGACAGUAGGCUUAAAUAAAACACCUCUUUUAUGAAGAACAAUUUACUGCCCCGGUUCGUCUUUCGUCACUUCCUCCCUCCGACUCUGUGUUCGUGCUUUCAUACUCCCUCUCUGACACGAUGCUGUAAAUAGAUUCUACAUUUUAAAACGUUUUGAGAAAUACAUACAACUGCUUUUGUUAUUUUUAUUCAUUUCUUGUCCCUAUGAAAUGCUUCUUGAUGGUUCAUACAAAGUGCUUUUUUUGUAUUUUUUAUAAACGUACUGUAUUUCUCAUGCUACACAAGUCAGGGUGUUUUUGUGCUUUGUGGUCAGGUUACAAAAGAUUUUUAAAAAACCAAAACGUUUUCUUGGGUUGGAAUAUUGAUCUCGGUCGUUGUGAAGGGGCAGUAAUCGUAGGGGCCAGGAGUCUGCAGCUUGUGGUACUUGAACCAGGGUGCCUGUCUGUAGGUGCUGCUGAUGUCUGAUUGGGUGGGGAAAGCACAGAGGCGCUGACGGAGUUUGGCCACGUUGUGCCGUGGGGUCUUAGUUUGCUACCUCUUUUCUAGAACCAACAUGUUUUGGCUGCAAGUACGUUAAAAUGCCCUCCAUAACACCGCCACAGUGAGGCGUCCAGCUCUUGGAGAAUAAAAACAAAGCUUCUCAAACAGCUGUGGAGCAGCACAGCGGCGCUAACAUGGCUGCCGGUAAAACUGCACCGUAUCCGAGUAGAUCCAGGCUAGUAGUUUAAUGUGAACAUGUUACAGUUGCUUUUUAUUCGUAUGACUUGGUUGUGUUUGAGCAAAGAGUUGACAGUCUGUUUAGAUGGUUUCAGGCAGAACUGGAGAUGGAGUAGUGGUUUGACCAGAACCAGUUCCAUUUCAUUCUGACGGCCGUGGGGUCCUGCGCUGAGAUAACAAGAACCACUGGCACAAAGUGUAGCAGGUGAGCUCCUGCUAGCUCCCCUGUCUCUGUCCAUAAUUUUGUAUUUCAUUGUGAUCUGACUUUGUUGAAAGCCUAUGAGAGCCCUUUGGACCAAUUUUGGUGUAGACAAUAAACUCAAGCAAUGCA